GCUACAUCUGAUAAAAUUAGUGGUAGCAAGAUGCUGACAAAAGUGUUUCUGCGGAAAACCUUGUUUGCUCGUGCUGCGAUCAACCUUUGCGACAAAAAGAUCGUAGUGAGGGACGACUUCCUUGCUAUGCUAAUCAAUGGGAAGUACACGCCCCCGCAAUUUAGAAUGACGCAUCGCGAAGCAGCAGAAUACCUAGAUGUGCUGAAGCGUUCAAAGAUGGUCGUUGAGGUUGGUGAUUACGUUUACUCUGAUCCGCAAAAUGUGGUGGACGCUGUGCAUCUUAAAGGUGGCCUACCUCUAGUUUCUUCUGUUAGCCACGACCUUGAAGACACUCGUCGCACGCUGGCGCUGGCUUUGGCUGAAUCCCACGAACGUAGUUCUCCAAAGGUAGAAAAGGCUGUGCGCCGCGAGAAGGAGUUUUGGGCUUUCACAGCUCUCGGCAGUGGCAUCCAGAUGCUGGUGCUUUCGUAUUUGACGUUUCAAGUAUACGGGUGGGACGUGAUGGAGCCGAUAACCUUUUUCGUAACCACCACCACCGCGCUUUGCUCAUUUGCGUAUUUUUUGUUUUUCAGAGCGGAACAUUCGUACGAGCACGUUGACGACAGCCUUCUGCCGUACCGACUCUCCAAAGAACUGGGGAACUCGCAAGUCGCGGCGGGGAAAAUGAUUCGCAACAUUCAGCUAUCGCAAGAGCUCGAGCAAGUUGUUUCAAAGAGAAACAAUAGAGCGUCGAAGCUUAUUGCGGAGGCGCUGAAAAGAUAG